ACUUUAUGGGACUAUUCCACAUCUGAAGUGAUAGAGGAGUACCUGUGUUGGGUUUUCUGUGGUUUUUGGCACCAUGGCACACGCAGCAGCACACCUGAAAAAGGCACGGGAACUGGAACAACCUCCUGAGAUAAAGGCUCUCGCCAAAGCCAGAGAGAAGCGCAGGAGACACAGAGAGAGAGCAGAGCGCAAACGCAAGUCGGACAGUAACACCAGCUUCCUGAGAGCAGCCAGAGCAGGAAAUGUUGAAAAGGUGCUGGAGUUCCUCAAGAGCGGACAGGACAUUUCUACAUGCAACCAGAAUGGACUCAAUGCGCUCCAUCUAGCAGCCAAAGAGGGUCACGUGGGGCUGGUGGAGGAACUUCUGGAGAGGGGUGCGACCGUGGACUCUUCAACCAAGAAAGGGAACACUGCGUUACACAUUGCUUGUCUGGCUGGGCAGAAAGAGGUUGCGAAGCUGUUGGUGAAAAGAGGAGCAGAUGUAAACUCCCAAUCGCAGAAUGGCUUCAGUCCACUGUAUAUGGCUGCUCAAGAGAAUCACCUGGAUGUUGUGCGAUAUCUUCUGGAAAAUGGUGGAAACCAGAGCACAGCCACAGAGGAUGGCUUCACUCCUCUGGCCAUUGCUCUGCAGCAGGGUCAUAAUCAGGUGGUCUCUCUGCUCCUGGAACAUGACACGAAAGGUAAAGUCCGCCUGCCUGCUCUCCACAUCGCGGCCCGCAAAGAUGACACCAAAUCUGCUGCUUUGCUGCUCCAGAACGACCAUAAUGCUGAUGUCCAGUCCAAGAUGAUGGUCAACAGGACUACAGAGAGUGGCUUCACUCCUCUGCAUAUUGCUGCUCACUACGGUAAUGUUAAUGUGGCCACGCUGCUGCUCAACAGAGGGGCGGCUGUAGACUUCACAGCCAGGAAUGGUAUAACCCCUCUCCAUGUGGCCUCCAAACGAGGAAAUACCAACAUGAUUGAUCUGCUGCUAGAUAGGGGGUCUCAGAUUGAUGCCAAGACCAGGGAUGGUCUAACACCUCUGCACUGUGCAGCCAGAAGUGGACACGACACUGCAGUGGAAAUACUGCUUGAAAAAGGAGCUCCCAUACUGGCACGGACCAAGAACGGACUGUCUCCGCUGCACAUGUCUGCUCAGGGCGAUCACGUCGAGUGUGUGAAACACCUGCUGCAACACAAGGCACCGGUUGAUGAUGUAACACUGGACUACCUGACCGCCCUUCAUGUUGCUGCCCACUGUGGUCACUACAGAGUCACAAAAUUACUGCUGGAUAAGAAAGCAAAUCCUAAUGCUAGAGCACUGAAUGGCUUUACUCCUCUGCAUAUUGCCUGCAAGAAGAACAGAGUGAAAGUCAUGGAACUGCUGGUUAAAUACGGCGCCUCAAUCCAAGCCAUCACUGAGUCCGGCCUGACACCAAUCCAUGUUUCAGCAUUUAUGGGGCACCUCAAUAUCGUCCUCCUGCUGCUACAGAAUGGAGCAUCACCUGAUGUCUGUAAUAUUCGUGGUGAGACUGCAUUGCACAUGGCUGCAAGGGCAGGACAGAUGGAGGUGGUGCGAUGUUUGCUAAGGAACGGCGCUCUGGUGGAUGCCAUGGCCAGAGAGGAUCAGACACCCCUUCACAUUGCGUCUCGCCUGGGUCAGACAGAGAUCGUGCAGCUGUUACUGCAGCACAUGGCUCACCCUGAUGCUUCCACCACUAAUGGAUACACACCUCUGCACAUCUCCGCUCGUGAAGGGCAGGUGGAAACGGCUGAGGUGCUGCUGGAGGCCGGAGCGUCUCACUCGCUCUCCACGAAGAAAGGUUUUACUCCUCUACAUGUUGCUGCUAAGUAUGGAAGCCUGGAUGUGGCAAAACUCCUCCUACAGAAAAGAGCACUUCUUGAUGAUUCUGGAAAGUACGGUCUGACACCUCUGCAUGUAGCUGCUCACUAUGAUAACCAGCAGGUGGCGAUGAUGCUCUUGGAUAAAGGGGCCUCACCUCAUGCUACUGCUAAGAAUGGCUAUACACCUCUCCACAUUGCGUCGAAGAAGAACCAGACUCAGAUUGCCUCUGCGCUGCUUCAGUAUGGAGCAGAGACAAAUGCAUUGACCAAGCAGGGUGUGAGUCCGUUACACCUGGCAUCUCAGGAGGGGCACACAGAGAUGGCUUCCCUACUGCUGGAGAGGGGUGCACACGUCAAUGCUGGCACUAGGAGUGGACUUACUCCUCUUCACCUCUCUGCUCAGGAGGACAGAGUGCGGGCGGCUGAAAUACUCGUCAAGCACGAUGCCAACAUAGACCAGCAGACCAAAUUGGGCUACACUCCUCUUAUUGUUGCUUGUCACUAUGGAAAUGUAAAAACGGUUAAUUUCCUUUUGCAAAAUGGAGCUAAUGUCAAUGCAAAAACUAAGAACGGCUACACGCCACUUCACCAAGCUGCUCAGCAGGGAAAUACACACAUUAUCAAUGUCCUGUUGCAGCAUGGGGCCAAGCCUAAUGCCGUCACCAUGAAUGGUAACACAGCACUCUCUAUCGCUAAACGUCUGGGGUACAUCUCAGUGGUGGACACUCUGAAAGUUGUUACUGAGGAAAUAAUCACAACAACAACCACGGUGACAGAGAAACACAAAAUGAACGUUCCAGAGACAAUGACAGAAGUUCUGGAUGUGUCUGAUGAGGAGGGUGAGGACACAAUGACAGGUGAUGGAGGGGAGUACCUGAGAGCAGAGGACCUGAGAGAACUUGGUGAUGACUCUCUACCUGGACACUACCUGGACGGCAUGAGCUACACCCACAACCUAGACCGGUCCCAUGAGACCCCCAGCCAUCUUGCUUACAGGGGUGAAGGAAUCUUGAUUGAGGACAUGAUCUCCAGCCACCAGUUUCAUAAGGUGUCAGCGUUCUCUCGAGAGCACGAGAAGGACUCAUAUCGACUGAGCUGGGGUGCUGAACAUCUGGAUAAUGUGGUGCUAACCAGCACUCUUCUGCAGUCAGGCCGAUCAACCCCAUGCCUUGACCAUGACAACAGCAGCUUCCUGGUCAGUUUCAUGGUGGAUGCUCGCGGCGGAGCCAUGCGUGGCUGUCGGCACAAUGGGCUACGCAUUAUUGUGCCACCUAGAAAGUGCUCAGCCCCGACACGGGUCACAUGUCGUCUGGUGAAGAGGCACAGACUGGCCUCUAUGCCCCCUAUGGUGGAGGGAGAGGGCCUCGCUGGCAAGAUCAUUGAAGUUGGACCCACCGGAGCCCAGUUUCUUGGUAAACUCCACCUCCCAACAGCCCCUCCUCCUCUUAAUGAGGGUGAAAGUCUUGUCAGCAGAAUUCUGCAGCUGGGGCCACCCGGCACCAAAUUCCUCGGGCCUGUAAUAGUAGAGAUCCCUCACUUUGCUGCAUUGCGUGGGACAGAGAGAGAGUUAGUGAUUCUGCGCAGUGAGACUGGAGAGAGCUGGAGAGAACAUCACUGUGACCAUACAGAAGAGGAGCUGAAUCAGAUACUCAAUGGCAUGGACGAAGAACUGGACAGUCCUGAGGAGCUGGAGAAAAAGCGAAUAUGUCGCCUAAUCACCCGGGAUUUCCCACAAUACUUUGCUGUGGUGUCCCGAAUUAAACAGGACAGUCACCUGAUUGGUCCAGAGGGUGGGGUGCUAAGCAGCACACUUGUUCCACAGGUCCAGGCUGUGUUCCCCGAGGGAGCCCUGACUAAACGGAUACGUGUGGGACUACAGGCCCAGCCCAUCGGUGAGGAUCUGGUGAGGAAGAUCCUGGGUAGUAAGGCUACAUUCAGCCCAAUUGUUACGUUGGAACCCAGAAGACGCAAGUUUCACAAGCCCAUCACCAUGACUAUUCCUGUCCCUAAAAGCCCAUCCAGUGACGGGACCAGCAGUACACCCACUCUACGACUGCUAUGUAGCAUUACUGGAGGGACAACUCCAGCACAGUGGGAGGACAUAACUGGAUCCACACCUCUGACAUUCAUCAACCAGUGUGUUUCAUUUACCACCAAUGUAUCAGCAAGGUUCUGGCUCAUAGAUUGCCGUCAGAUCCAGGAGUCUGUGAACUUCUCCAGUCAGCUGUAUCGUGAGAUCAUCUGUGUGCCCUAUAUGGCCAAGUUUGUCAUCUUCGCCAAGACUUUAGACCCCAUCGAAGCACGACUCCGCUGCUUCUGUAUGACGGAUGAUAAGAUGGACAAAACUCUGGAGCAGCAGGAGAACUUCACCGAGGUGGCUCGUAGUCGAGAUGUCGAGGUACUAGAGGGAAAGCCAAUCUUUGCCGACUGCUUUGGAAAUCUGGUCCCACUAACCAAAAGUGGACAGCACCAUGUGUUCAGUUUCUAUGCCUUUAAAGAAAACCGUCUUUCUCUAUUUAUCAAAAUUCGUGACAGCACUCAAGAACCAUGUGGCAGACUGUCUUUUACAAAAGAGCCAAGAACAUAUCGCAGUCUAAACCACAAUGCAAUAUGCAACCUGAACAUCUGCCUACCUAUCUACUCAAAGGAAUCCGAUUCUGACGAAGAUGCAGAUGUGGAGAGUGAGAAGACACAUGAGAAAUAUUAUGAUGGAUCUGAGACAACAGAGUUUUCCAUGAUGCAAAUCAUGCAUGACCCUGCCACACUCGCAAGUCCAGAUCUGCUUUCAGAGGUGUCCGAUAUGAAGCAGGACCUGAUUAAAGUGUCAGUCCUUCUGACCUCUGAAAAAUCCGAAAUAUCGUGCUCCUCGGAUGCCAGAGAGAGAUCAGACAAGGCUGGGGAUGACGAAGUGGAUGAGCCGUUUGAAAUUGUUGAAAAAGUGAAAGAGGACUUGGAAAAGGUAGAAGAGAUCCUCCGUGAGGGAACAAUGGAUGAAACAAAGAUGGAAGGUGCUAUUGGGAUAUCUGUAACCAUUGAUGGUGAUGAGUGGGUACUUCUCGGUGAGACAGAUGUUGAGGAAUCCAAAUGCAAAAACAUCACUGAAGACCAAGAGACACUCAUUCAGGAAGUUCGAAUCACAAGAGACACUAUAUCAAGUUCUUCUUCUAAGAGGGAUAUGUCAGGUAUGGUUUCAUAUCUCAGUGGUGACUUAGAACAAUGUCUGCAGGAACCUAUACCAUUUAGUCAUUCACAAGAUGUAGAUAUUGUUCAAGAAAGCUUUAAAGAGGUAUUCGUUGCCCGUUUUAAACACCGUCCAGUAGAAAUCAAAAAGCCAGUAAGGAAAAAGCGUAAAGAGAGGGAGUUUGCAAGUGGCAGUUCUGAAGAUGACCUGGAAAGGAUGAGUAGGAGUCAGUCUGAUGAGUCUCUUGAUGAAGAUGCAGUUAUUGGUGGAUCUGGACCUGUCUUUGGAUCGGUUCCUGUGUCUCCUAGAGUUGUAGAAACUCCAAUUGGAUCCAUUAAAGACAGGGUUAAGGCACUGCAGAAGAAGGUUGAAGAAGAAAAGGAGGUGGACAAUCAAAACUGGAAAGUGAAUACUUGCCAGGGUAAGUCAUAUAUCACAGAGACAGAUAAAUCAACCAAGCUUCCUCCAAAAUCCCCCAGAUCUCCAAAGUCACAGACAGAAAGGCUGGAAGAAACCAUGUCUGUAAGAGAGCUGAUGAAGGCAUUUCAGACUGGCCAAGAUCCAUCAAAAAGCAAGUCUGGACUUUUUGAACAUAAAGCAAUUACGCCUGUAACCUCUGAGAUGGCAACUUCUGAUGUGAUGCAGGUUCCCCCAACAUAUGAUUACCAAAUGACAACAACUCAACAUUUACAAGAAAGAGCAAUUACCACUGAGACCUCUGAAAAGGCAAGUCCUAAUGUAACACAGAUUCCUCUGACAAAUGACAGCCAACUGACAGUAACAACCAAACAUUUACAAGAAAGAGCAAUUACGACUGAGUCCUCUGAAAUGGCAAGUCCUAAUGUAACACAGAUUCCUCCAACAUAUGACAGCCAAUUGACAGUAACAACCCAACAUUUACAAGAAAGAGCAAUUACGACUGAGACCUCUGAAACGGCAAGUCCUAUUGUAACACAGAUUCCUCCGACAUAUGACAGCCAACUGACAGUAACGACCCAACAUUUACAAGAAAGAGCAAUUACGACUGAGACCUCUGAAACGGCAAGUCCUAAUGUAACACAGAUUCCUCCGACAAAUGACAGUCAACUUACAGUAACGACCCAACAUUUACAAGAAAGAGAAAUUACGACUGAGACCUCUGAAAUGGCAAGUCCUAUUAUAACACCGAUUCCUCCGACAUAUAACAGCCAACUGUCAGUAACAACCCAACAUUUACAAGAAAGAGAAAAUACGACCGAGACCUCUGAAAAGGCAAGUCCUAUUGUAACACAGAUUUCUCCGACAUAUGACAGCCAACUGACAGUAACAACCCAACAUUUACAAGAAAGAGCAAUUACGACUGCGACCUCUGAAACGGCAAGUCAUAAUGUAACACAGAUUCCUCCAACAUAUGACAGCCAAUUGACAGUAACAACCCAACAUUUACAAGAAAGAGCAAUUACGACUGAGACCUCUGAAACAGCAAGUCCUAUUGUAACACAGAUUCCUCCGACAUAUUACAGCCAACUGACAGUAACAACCCAACAUUUACAAGAAAGAGCAAUUACGACUGAGACCUCUGAAACGGCAAGUCCUAAUGUAACACAGAUUCCUCCCACAUAUGACAGCCAACUGACAGUAACAACCCAACAUUUACAAGAUAGGGCAAUUACGACUGUAACCUCUGAAGCGUCAAGUUCUGAUAUGAUGCAGGUCCCUCCAACAUAUGAUAAACAAAUGACAGUAUCAACCCAACAUUUACAAGAAAAAAAUGUUGUAGAAAACAAGAUCAUUCAAGAAUCAUGUUUUGACCCAAACACAAUUCAAUAUAAACCAAUGAUCGAUGAUGGUGAAACACUACAUGAAAAACCAUUGACGACCUUAAACAGUACUUUGUCCAUCCAAAAUACAGAAGGUGAUCCAGCUAUAACUUCCAACGUUAUCUUUAACUUUAAAGAGGAAAGCUCUCAGGAAGACCUUCUCUCUAGGCUUACAUCAAUUGACCAAAAUGGAAAACCAUCUCAGGAACAAGGCAGAUUUGAGACUGAGGAACAACAAAUAACUUCUGAGCUAUUAGAAAAUGAAGAGCCAGGGCUGAUACCUGAGAGAAUGUAUUAUGAAGAUAACAUCUGCCAGAAUAGGAGAUUGUCUGUGGAACCUCAGAUCAGCCCAGACAGGAAACCAUCAGAAGACUUCAGCGCAGAUAUUAAGGCAGAACUUGAGGACAGUCCUGGAUAUCUACUCUUUAGGCGGACAUCAGGUGAAGCAAGUAAACGCUAUUUAAUGUGUAGAGAUGGCCCUUCUUUAGACGAUGAGGAACAGAUACACCAGGUAGCUGUGGACCCAAGUAAAUCAAAUAUAAUCACUGCAUUUGCUACUGCAAUGGUGCAAGGUGAGCCCUUACUUAAAAGUGAAAUACAUGAAGCUUCGGAAGAAAGUCCUGAUAGUGAGAAACACAAGGCCUUGGUAGACUCUCCUGGCAAUAGUUUAGGAACUAGGACUCCUUACACCAGCACAUGUGACAAUGAUACACAUGAGGGACUUGCUGAAACCCCUCAAAAUAGCCCUGAAAUACUUGUUUUGUCUUCCUGUACAACUACUGAAGAAACAGAAGUCAGACAUCAAGGGGCUAAGGAGACAACUUACCAAUCAAUUUUGGUGACAUCACAUGAAAGAGAAGAGAGUGACAAGAGUGUCCAAUUAUGUUCAGUAACCGCCAUAAAAAGCAAGACAUCACCUUAUGAUUCUAAGAUUAAAUCACCAUCCCUAUUGACCAGAAUUGAUUCACCAUCCAAUGAUGACUCUAAAAUGUAUUCACUUUCUCCAUCCUCCAAAACGGAGUCACCAUCCUCUACUAAUUCGAAGACAAUAAUUCAAGAUACAAUUGAAGUUAUGAAAUGGGACAGUGAAACAUCUGCACAUGACAUGAGAAGUGAUUCAUCCUAUAGAGAUGAUAUGAAGCCAACAGAAUUCAGUGUAAUCGCUGAGUCUGAGAAGAUACUUCAACAUUGCCAUCACAGUCAAGAUGCACUAGAUAGACCUUCUAGUUUGGAUUCUCUGCAGCCUGAAAACAUAAGUGACUCUAAAACUCUCUGGAGAACAGACUCACUUGAGACUACUCCCAUCAGAGAAGAUGGAUCAUCUCCAAAAACGCCAGACUCUAUCGAGCCAAGCCCAAACAAGGAGUCCCCAUGGCAGGACUCAUUAGAGGGAAGUCCCACUGGGGAGGAGUAUGGACAAUUAAGUUAUAUUGAAAGGGUCUUUUCAACAAGUCAGUCUUUCGUUUCUGAUUCUAGGAAAAAUUUAGACAAAGAAAAAAAUUCUGAACAAGACAUUUAUUUAGAAAGUGAGUCCUCCCAAGGGUCCCAUGAGACCCCAGAAAUGCAGUGCCUUCCCAUGACCCUGGAGCAAAAAGAAGAGGUACUUGACAGUGAGGAUCUUCAUGAUUUUGAUGCUUUACAAAGGCAAUUCACUCCAGAAGAAGAGAUGUUUAAGAUGGCUGCAAAGAUCAAAACAUUUGAUGAAAUGGAAAAGGAUGCAAGAGUUAAAAAGGUAAAAUUUGAUUUUGAUUGUGAUUUUAAACAAUUGAAAGAAGAAAACCUGUCACCACAUAAAAGUCCACUAGACUUUAACACAAUGUUAACAAAAGAUUCAGAAGAGCAGUGCUUGGAGAAUCUGACUGAAUCUAGCCCAGUAUUACCUUUACAACCUUCAUUGUCUGAUGAGGAUUAUGAAAACCCUGAGUUGGAUGAGUCAUCUCACAAAGUAUCAUAUGUAACCAGUGAAGUUUUAAAGACCAUGGACAAAGGUGAGCAAGACCAUACCCAUUUGAAGACUGUGGAUUUACAGACAUGCACAAACAUACCAUCUUUGCAAACCCAUGUAAACAAGGAGAAAGACUAUGAACAGUUUUCUACAGAGUACCAUACUACAGUGAUCAGUGGGACUACACCUGAGGAGGAUCUGGUUAUUACAUCAGCAGAAAGCAAAACAGGCAUUGAGAUGGAUGCUGAUGUUGAUUCUAAGUCUCCUGGUGAGAGACCAACUUCCGAAAAAGUGCUAGAACUAGUUUCUCCUAAUGAAAUUAUAGGUACUAUUACUGCAGCCAAGGAAGUGCAGAAUGAAUCCCAGACAGAUUUAAGUAUUUAUGAAGAGGACAAUGAAGGAAAGUCAGACGAAAUUCCAGCAUCUACUCUAAGAGACUUGGUUCCCUGGAGUGCUGAAGUGGAAGAUGAUGAGGCAUUUGAUGCACAAAUUGAAGCUGAGGAGCAGAAAAUACUUGCUUUGUGUACAGACAGACAAUCCCAUGGAACCACACCUGACACAACUCCAGGACGUACCCCUACUGAAGAGGGGACACCAAAUCCUUUCCUCUUCCAAGAAGGAAAACUAUUUGAGAUGACCAGAGGUGGAGCCAUUGACAUGACCAAGAGGACAAUGGAGGAAGAGGAAGAAAGAUUAGUCUUUUUUCCAAUAAAUGAAAAUCCAAGUGAAGAAUUUGAACAAGUCAAUUUCAACACUAGUGAGUCUGUUGCAGUAGCUUCAUUUGAGUUGACUGCAGAUGGUUUAGUGCAUCAAGACAGGUUUACUGAGGAACCUGAUGCAAAGUCUGAUGGCUUUAGUCAAACCGGAGCCAAGAUUAAACCAGAACAUCCAGAACCGAUUAAAUUCCCUCUACAGAGUGAAUUAAAGAGCCCCACAGAGGAUAAUGGAAUCCAUGAAGACACACUGAUACCGAAUGUUGACACUGCCACUUAUACAGUAACACGAACAGUUUAUUCUGAGCAAGACCUGGAAUCCUCCGACUCCUCAGUAGAAGAUGAACAGCAUUCUGUUGUUGAAAUGCCCAUAUCCAACCAAGUAUCAAUGAUUUCUUCUAGUGCCUCAGCUCAUACUGUUAGUCAACAGCAAUUCCAGACAUCACCUUCAAUGUCCACUCCAUUCAAGGACAUUGCUGCUGAAAUUGAAGACACAACAUUUAAGCCAAAAAUAGCUGUGAAAGCAGCCAGCUUUGACCAAAUUUUAGGACAAGGAGACUCUAUUGAGCAGAAUCAAAGGCCUAAAUCUGAGGCAGAUAUUGGUGUCUCAGAAUGGUCCAUGUCUGUUGUGGAUGAUCACACUAAUAUAGAAAGCAACUACACCAAACCAAAGACUUCAUCCUCCCAGAUGCCUGUUUCACCAACACAGGCUCCUCCACAGUAUUCUGCAUCCAGUCAACCUAAAACACCUGCCAAAGUCUUUCAGGAAUUAGACCCUUCAAGGAACACUGAGCAUGAUGAAACCAAAGGAGACAGAGCCUCUGUUGAGUUAGGGAUAGAAAGUAGUUUGAAAGCAAUUCGACCCCCGUCCGUAGGCGAUGAUGUCUUUGAGUCAAGGGCCUACUGGGAGGAUUGUGUGGAGACACAGAUGCAGAGAAUCUCAGACAGCACUACCCCAGACCAAAGUAAAGUGGACUGGCAUGAUGAUGCAGAUAGGAAAGAAGAGACGUUGGCCAUAAUUGCUGACCUUCUAGGUUUUAGUUGGACAGAACUGGCCAAGGAGUUGGAAUUCAAUGAAGAUGAGAUUCAGAAAGUGCGUGCUGAAAACCCAAAUUCAUUACAAGAGCAAAGUCAUGCCCUUUUGCAGCGCUGGGUAGAAAGAGAAGGAAAGCAUGCAACUGAAGAUACAUUGAUUAAAAGAAUCACUAAAAUAAAUCGCAUGGACAUUGUUCAUCUUAUUGAGAUUCAAAUGCACAAGUCAAUCCAGGAGCAAACCUCAAGAACAUAUGCAGAGAUUGAAAGGACUUUGGAUCACAGUGAAGCUCUCUCCUCAGUCCAAGAGGAUGUUGACAGUCUCCGGGUGGUGCGGAGAGUGGAGACUUCACAAAGGCAUCCUCCAGCUGUGUCAGAAGAAGACUUAUCUGUGGCCUCUCUCCUUGACAUUCCCUCAUGGGCUGAAACAAUGGGAAACAUCCAUUCAGAGAGCAUUCAUGGGGAUCUGAUGGAGGAACUGGAGAUCAACCAGGACAGCUUCACCAAUCCAUGGCUGUUUCAAGAGGUCAAUAAAGAAUCUACAAAGGAAGCUGAAGAUGAAGAAGUUUCAGCAGCAUCUGAGGAGGAAAAUCAAGCUCAGGGUGACCUUUCAGACAGUGAAAAUCCUUGUCUCUCUUCAUCACCAGUCAGUUUGAAGAGUCAGUCAGAAUUCCACCAACAAUCAACAAAGGCAUCUCAAAAUGUCUUUAAUUUCAGUCAGGUGUCUAUUGUGAGAUUUUCGUCUGGUGAAAAUUCCGUUGUUUUGUCAGCAGUUGAACCUGGACACACAGUACCCGACCUACUGCAACACACUUCACCAGUGAGUCAAGAGGAAGAAAAUCAACUCAAAGAACCAAAAUAUCAAGAUGAAGAUUCUGUGUGUCUUGAUAAAGUGUCGCCUGUAUAUGAAAAAAGUGAUUUAGAAAGCAAUGAAAAAUCAUUAGUGGCACAACUAUUUGAACCUAAUAAAACUUCAAACACCAUACAGUCUUCUUCAUACCAUGAAAGCAAACCAUGUGAAGUUGAUAGAUUGGUUCCUGACAGCAACCAAAUACUAGGCCAAAAUAUUAGUCCUGCACUUUCCCCUCAUGCUUCUGUGAGGGAGGCUGAUGAAACUCUCUCACACAGUGUUGAAGUGAAUCCAGGGCUUUCAAGAGUGACUCCAGAUCUCAUUAAGGGCUCUCCAGAAUCAGAUCAGGUCUUUUUUACCCCAGAAAAGCUUAGUGAUUUGGAUCCAGUUGCUUCAUUGCAAAGCCUUAGAGUAGUAGAUCAAACUUUAGUCGAAUCCUCUCCUACAAUUGACUCUACAUCACUGCAGUCACCUACUCAUCACGACAUCACAAUUUUAAAUCAAGAACAAUCUGAUACAAACAGCUCCCCACAGCAACCUUUGGAGCCCGAAGUUGAUCCUAGAGUAGAACCACAAACUGAUUCCUGUGAACAGGAACCAUAUCUACAACUUUUACAAUCUCCAAAGCAAAAGCCAGAAACCUUAGGAGACCAUUGUGGUGAUCAAGAAUAUAUUUAUUGUCCUGAUGCGUUAAAAUUAAAUACACAAUUGGAUUUAACAAUUGAACCUCUCAUAAAUGACAGUUAUGAGACUGAGACUGACCCAGACAUGUGGAUUCCAAGGGAAACUGCACAGCUGAGUGAAAUUUCUCCUUUUUGUGGCUCUGACCUCAGUCCACAAACACCAGAAACAGUCAUAGCUUGUCAACAUUUUGACUUCAGGGAAAAGUCUUCUGAACUUGGAUCAGCAACUACUAAGAAACCUGUUUCACAGGAGGCAGUGGUGUCCAAAAGUUUAAAACGGCCACAGUCUGAACCAUUAAUCUCUGGUGCAACUCAACAGUCAGAAGAAAAGCAUAUUGACCGCUGUCUUUCUGAGUCCUCUGAACCCUUGGUACUCACUCUGAACAUGAAUCAAGCAGUUGAGAAACCUGUUUCCCAGGAGGCAGGACUAGCUUUACUUCCAUCCCAGGAUGGCAGUGACAAGGCCUUACCUUCCAAAGAUUCCAAACGACUACUGUCCGAAACAGUCAUAACUUCUCAACAUUUUGACUUCAAGGAGAAGUCUUCUCAACUUGGAUCAGCAAGUACUAAGAAACCUGUUUCACAGGAGGCAGUGGUGUCCAAAGGUUUAAAACAGCCGCAGUCUGAAUCAUUUAUCUCUGGUACAACCCAACAGUUUGAAGAAAAGCGCAUUGAUCGCUGUCUUUCUGAGUCCUCUGAACCCUUGGUACUCACUCUGAACAUGAAUCAAGCAGUUGAGAAACCUGUUUCCCAGGAGGCAGAACUAGCUUUACUUCCAUCCCAGGAUGGCAGUGACAAGGCCUUACCUUCCAAAGAUUCCAAACGACUACUGUCCGAAACAGUCAUAACUUCUCAACAGUUUGACUUCAAGGAGAAGUCUUCUCAACUUGGAUCAGAAACUACUAAGAAACCUGUUUCACAGGAGGCAGUGGUGUCCAAAAGUUUAAAACGGCCACAGUCUGAAUCAUUCAUCUCUGGUGCAACCCAACAGUUAGAAGAAAAGCGCAUUGAUCGCUGUCUUUCUGAGUCCUCUGAACCCUUGGUACUCACUCUGAACAUGAAUCAAGCAGUUGAGAAACCUGUUUCCCAGGAGGCAUUACUAGCUUUACCUCUCUCACAGGAUGGCAGUGACAAGGCCUUACCUUCCAAAGAUUCCAAACGGCUACUGUCAGAAACAGUCAUAACUUAUCAACAUUUUGACUUCAGGGAGAAGUCUUCUGAAUUUGGAUCAGCAACUACUAAGAAAUCUGUUUCACAGGAGGCAGUGGUGUCCAAAGGUUUAAAACGGCCGCAGUCUGAAUCAUCAAUCUCUGGUGCAACCCAACAGUCAGAAGAAAAGCCCAUUGAUCGCUGUCUUUCUGAGUCCUCUGAACCCUUGGUACUCACUCUGAACAUGAAUCAAGCAGUUGAGAAACCUGUUUCCCAGGAGGCAGUACUAACUUUACCGCUCUCUCAGGAUGGCAGUGACAAGGCCUUACCUUCCAAAGAUUCCAAACGGCUACUGUCAGAAACAGUCAUAACUUCUCAACAUUUUGACUUCAGGGAGAAGUCUUCUGAACUUGCAUCAGCAACUAUUAAGAAAUCUGUUUCACAGGAGGCAGUAGUGUCCAAAGAUUUAAAACGGCCGCAGUCUGAAUCAUUAUUCUCUGAUGUAACCCAACAGUCAGAAGAAAAGCAUAUUGACUUCAGUCUUUCCGAGUCCUCUGAACCCUUGGUACUCACUCUGAACAUGAAUCCAGCAGUUGAGAUACCUGUUUCCCAGGAGGCAGUACUAGCUUUACUUCCAACCCAGGAUGGCAGUGAAAACGCCUUACCUUCCAAAGUUUCCAAACGACUACUGUCAGAAACAGUCAUAGCUUGUCAGCAUUUUGACUUCAGGGAUAAGUCUUCUGAACUUGGAUCAACAACUACUAAGAAACCUGUUUCACAGGAGACAGUGGUGUCCAGAGGUUUAAAACGUCUGCAGUCUGAAUCAUUAAUCUCUGGUGCAACCCAACAGUCAGAAGAAAAGCGUGUUGACCGCUGUCUUUCUGAGUCCUCUGAACCCUUGGUACUCACUCUGAACAUGAAUCCAGCAGUUGAGAAACCUGUUUCCCAGGAGGCAGUACUAGCUUUACCGCUCUCUCAGGAUGGCAGUGACAAGGCCUUACCUUCCAAAGAUUCCAAACGACUACUGUCAGAAACAGUCAUAACUUCUCAACAUUUUGACUUCAGGGAGAAGUCUUCUGAACUUGGAUCAGCAACUACUAAGAAACCUGUUUCGCAGAAGGCAGUGGUGUCCAAAGGUAUAAAACGUCCGCAGUCUGAAUCAUUAAUCUCUGGUGCAACCCAACAGUCAGAAGAAAAGCGUGUUGACCGCUGUCUUUCUGAGUCCUCUGAACCCUUGGUACUCACUCUGAACAUGAAUCCAGCAGUUGAGAAACCUGUUUCCCAGGAGGCAGUACUAGCUUUACCGCUCUCUCAGGAUGGCAGUGACAAGGCCUUACCUUCCAAAGAUUCCAAACGGCAACUGUCAGACUCUGUUUUGUCUGGUCCAAUAUCCCAACAAUCAGAGGAAAAACAUUCUGGCUGGUAUCUCUCUGACUCUUCUGAACCCUUGGUGUUUAACAUGAAUUUGGUGCUCGAGGAACUUGAAAAAACGGUUCAACCAGAAUCUGAUCAACCGGUCAACUCCGAGGUGAGUGUUUCGUUAGUUCUUGGUGUUUCCCAGGACACAUUUACAGGGGAACUACAAUCAAUGGUUGAAAAAACAUUAAUGGAGUCACCUACAUCUCAAACUGAUCUGAGUGAACAUAAGGAAUUAGAAGAUACUGAUGUGUCAAAACCUGCGAACACUGAAAAACCAAAACCCAAAGACUUACUAAGCAUUUAUCAACAACAUGAUGACUCUGAUCUUGAGGCUUUUUUCGACUGCAUACAGACCAUUUCAGAUUAUUCUGAAGCAGAAGACGACGAACCCUUAAAAGGCGCAAUGGCACUUAGUAAUAAAGUCUUGAGGUCAACUAUUCAUGAACUACAACAACAACCAAAUGUCAGAAGUGCCUCAACACUACCAUCCCAUGAGAGCCCUCGUUGGUCAAUCAGGUCAUCAGACAGUGACGAUUUUGAGGAUUCUCUCAUCAUCCAAGAACCCAAUGAUGAUGCAGAGGAGAAAUACUUUUUAAGCCACAAAAGUCUUGAAUCUUCUGAACAAUUUCCUCAGGAGCUUCCUCAUCGAGCAGGGGCUGAGUAUAAUGAUGAUGAUGAUGAUCUGAGGAGGGAUAUUGAUGAUGCAUUAGGUGUGCUGUCGGAUAGCUCUGAUGAGGAUGUGCUGACCACCAGAGUGGUGCGAAGAAGAGUAAUUAUUCAGGGCGAUGAUGUUCCAGAUAUUCCUCCACAGUCGGUAACAGAAGAGCAAUACACAGAUGCACAGGGAAACUUGGUUGUGAAGAAGGUGACCAGGAAGGUCAUUCGACGGUGUGUGUCAUCUGAUGGGGUCGAGACAGAGCAGGUAAGGGUGGAGGGCUCCGCCCAAAAGCCUGUCAAUGUGGCGCUGGGGGACGGAUAUUCAAAAGUAAUGAAGAGGACAGUACUGAAGAGCGAAGGACAUCAGACAGAGGUAACUUUCCAUGAGCAAGACAACAUGUCAGCUGCGGGGGAGUCUGUUGUAGGUCAAGAGGUCAGACAGGUGGUCCAAACAACAGUGGUACAUGGAGAACAGCUGGAAAAGCAUGAGGGGGAUCCUUUCCUCACCACAGACCUGCCCUCUGCCCGGGAUGACUUCACCCAGGCUCUAAGCUACUUUGGAGGUUUUAGGAAGGUGCAGAUCCCUCGAGUGGUAGAGCAGGAAAUACUGCAGCCUGAUGGAUCUGUGAUCAGGAGGACGAGGAUGCAGAAGUCUAGGACCCAAAGGAGGUCAGUAGUGAGGGAUGCUUGGGGACAGAAGCGUGUGUGUGUGGACCAGAUAGACGAUCGAUCUGAGCCACAUGACAACCUACAGCAUCACCUCCAUCACCUCAUUCACCACUACUGUGCCCAAAAUGACUGAGAGGAAGAGAGGGAGGAAGCUGAAGAGAAGUCAGAGUGAUGCUUUCCCUACCUUUAUUUUCCUCUCCCAAUCUCCAUCGCUCCUCUCUUUGAGCCUGUCCGCCCUCCUAACCACUCCUAUGCACCACGCUCAUGCAAUCCCAGAGUGCACUUCGCUCCUGCCGCUUCCAGUCUUCCUGUCCAGUCAAACUGGAUGUUUGCCCAGUUUAAGUCAACGGACAAUAUUUUCUCGCUCCUUAUUUUCCCCAGUUCACCACGAGUGUUUAUCUGUUUGUCUUUCAUUGUGACCAAAGGGUGUUCUUUCCUUUCCUUUGCUUUUUAAACCCCUCAGUUAUGAAAUAAUGAAUACAAAUACACUCACAGACAAAAAAAAAAUCACAAUAACCAAAAUGUUUUUAUCAAAACAGAAAAAAAAAGUCCUGGUCGUUCAUUCUCGGAACAUUUUAAGCUCGAACUAACUGAGCCUGUGCUGCACUGCCUACCACGACUAUUGAAUAUCAUUGCAUUCUAUCGCCACAUCAUGACAUGCUGUUUUAAUCUCAACGGUUGAAAUGUCUGAAAACUUCUUGCCUUCUUUAUCAGCUGUUGGGGUAUUGUGUGUCUGUGUAUUCUGUCCAUGGAGAGUAUAUAUAAUAUGCAUUUUUAAUAUGACAGUAGAUCACAUUAGCCACCUGUAAGGAUAUUAGCGCAGGCAUGCUUAGCUAGCAGCAGACACUUACUGUAUUAAUAACACUCUUUCUAUGGUUAGAUGACUGUCAUUUUUCGGCCUCACCCCUCUCUUUGUGUCUGUGAUCUGUAGCAAUUCUAGUCUUCUUCAUCAUCACUGGAGUUUAAACAUUUCAGUACAGCUUUUUGUUAUAAUAGAUCACACGUUUUAUGGUUUUAAACUUACUUUGACAAGCGUUUCAAGAGGGACUCAGAAAGCAAAGGUGGAAUCAAUUUUAAAUGAUCAGUUAAAUGUUACACAUAUGAUUCUAUUUUUAAACUUUCCAUCUGAAUUUAUUCUUAUCUUUGAGCGUGUGUGGUUGAGUGUGUGUGAAAACGGAAAUGUGGUAUUUUAUUUUCAAAGUAUAUUCAUUUUUUUCUGUACAUAAUGCUCAAUAUCAGUAUGUGUUAGGACAUCUUGCUCUGAGGUAUUUAUGAUUGGGAAAAUAUCCUAUUGGUUUCAGAAGUGAGCAUAAUGGAUGUAUGUUUUCAAAAAGAACGUUUUAUUUUGAUGUAUUACAUUUAUAUAAUUUGUGCGUCUGUCAUGAAACCGGUCC